UCGUGAAAUAUAAAGAUGGGGACAUUUCUUCCUAUACUUCAGAUACUAGUCUGUAUGCAUGUACUAUGGUGGCGUGUACAAGGAAUGACUACCGAAUCUCCUGAAGUUAUUGGUGCCCGUCUGGUUGAUGGAUCUCGUAAAUCAGAGGGAAGAGUUGAAGUUUACUACGAAGGACAAUGGGGCACCGUCUGUGAUAAUCUUUGGACUAUCAGGGAAGCCAGUGUGCUUUGUAAACAAUUGGGUUAUACUGGAGCAGAUGAGGUUGUAAUAGCCGGUCAGUUUGGACAAGGAGAAGGCGAUGUACUACUGGAUAUGGUACAAUGUACUGGUGAUGAGGCAAACCUGUUUGAAUGCUCACACAGUGCGAUUCGAACCACCGCUUGUGACCAUUCGGAAGACGUGGGCGUGGUCUGUACUUCUUCAGGUUCUGUAAGACUGGGGGAUGUUACAUCAUUUGGUAAAGGCAGACUGGAAUACCUGGAUGAGAACCAAGGCUGGGGAACUGUGUGCAACCAAACCUGGAGCCAAUCAGAAAGCACAGUAGCAUGUACUCAACUGGGAUUCGACCCUCGUCGUGCCCUUGAUGCCUUCCCCGCCUCUGGAGAAGACAACCUGCCGAUAGUGCUUGGAGGCCUUCAAUGUUUCCAACAAAAUAGAUUAGAUGAAUGUGAGAGGGAUGAUGACUGGACACCUGAUAGCUGUACGCAUGCGCAGGACGUCGGGGUACAAUGCAAACCCCCUGUGGGCCUCAGUUUGACGUCAGACGAAAAUUUCGCAGGAAUUCCUUACGUAUAUUAUGGACGGACCUGGGGAUCAUUCUGCUUGGACAAUUGGAACAUCAACGCAGCUCGUAUAUUCUGCAUUAACCUUGGUUUUCAAGAUGCAGUAUUUAUAAGUAGCACGACAGGAGGUCCAGCGACUCCACCGAGUACGAUUGUAAACACAAUCAACUGUACAGGAGACGAAGAAUACUUCACCGAUUGUCCUCAGAUAGAAUGGGCCUUUCAAGGAGAAUGCAACCAGAACGCUCGACCCGCUGUUGUGUGUCAAGAGGGACAAAAAUCCCUCGACAUCAUCAACCCGAUUCCUGGUUACCUUGAAUACGGUCGAGUAGAAGUGACCAUCAACAAUCGGCUGAGAGGCACCAUCUGUAACAGUACGUGGGACCAGGCUGCAGCUAAUGUGGUCUGUCGUGAUGUUGGUUUUAAGCGAGGAGCGCGAAGGUUCUUCACCAUCGGGGGAGGGGCUGCCGGAGACAUAUUCGACAGCGUACACUGCACUGGGGAUGAAGAAAGUUUUAGCGAUUGUCGGAGUGAGUUGGUCCCAGACUCACGAACGGACUGCGAUCACACUCAAGACGCUGGUGUCGAAUGUGUAGCAAACGACGACUCAUUGAUUGACUUCGUAAGCGGUGCCGGUUCCUUUGAGGGCGUGGUGUAUUACCGAGUAGAGGGUCGACGUGCGUUGAUUUGUGAUCAAACAUGGACUGACAAGGAAGCCACUGUGGCAUGUCGUAUGCAGGGAUACGAAGGUGGGACAGCAACCAAUGUGGUCGAUCUAGGACCAGAGGAUUCUACUGAUAUCUUUCAAUGGGAUAUUGUGUGUAAUGGUGAUGAGGAAAGACUAGAAGACUGCACUGUGACUAAGAGAGACACCCCGACCUCAUGCGCUCCUGAAAACAUUGCUCAGGUCAGAUGCGGACCAAAUAAAGAGUGGGACUUGCGGAUGACUGGAAGUGAGUUUUCAGAGCAAGGACGGGUGGAAACCUACAAGGACGGAGAAUGGGCCAGAUUUUGGGUGAUUCCUACCCCAUUUGUGUACAAUCCUAUCUAUAACAGGCUUUGUAAAGCAAUAGGGUAUGAUGAAGCGUUGUAUUCUUACAAUGGAGCAGCACAGAUGCCUUUCCAAGAAGCUUCACAGGAUGCAGGGGUCUUGUGUCAGCUUCAACCCUUAGACAACAGCUUCCGGUGUCGUGCCCUAACUGAUACGACUGGAAGUGGUUCUAGUUACGAGACAGGCAUUGUGUGUAAGCCCUUUGAUAUUGUGGCAUACCAUCCAAUAAGGUUGGUCGACAUUAACACAAACGAUAUCAACAACCAGUCAGGACUUGUAGAGAUCUACCAUGACGGCCAAUGGGGAAACAUUUGCGACAAUUUCGGUCAUUCAGAACUUGUAUGUUCCGACCUUGGUUAUACGGACACGACGGAUGCUACUAGUCUUGAUGCACAGACGGUUGGUGAUGGGAACAUUGGGACAAUGACCUGGUUCAGCACAUCAGCCAUUUUCACGUGUAACACCGUAUUUGGAUGUCAACACACAGCGUGGGGCGAUCCCCUUGAUGGGUGUGAUCCAAUGGCAGUUCGUUGUGUACCCGGAAGAGCUUCAUCUUUGGAGGGUUUGGCAUUAUCCCUCAUCAUCAUGGUGGUCGUCGUUACGGUCGAUCUCGGAUUCGUCGUGGUCUAAAGGCUACAAGAAAAUCUUAGAUCUAAAUGAGCAUCAUUCCGGUGGCUACAUGUUGUUUUCCCGAAGGUUCAUGAACCCGGAGGUCCGUGGUUCCGGAAGUACGUUCCUGCGACGCACAGUGGGCCAGGGAGGAACCAAAGUGCGCCA